AUGCCUGACGAAACAGAGGACAUAGACCUCGUUCAUGCCCGACUACAUACACUCGCGGCUCUUCGACUUCCUCGAUUUAAAGAUCAUUUGACCCGAUUGUGCCUGAGGCAGAACUUUUUGACGCAUAUUGGAGAGGAGGAUAUUGGGAGUUUGGUCAAAUUAGAAGAGUUGGAUUUUUACGACAAUAAAUUGAAGGGUGUCGGUGAUGCACUGGAUGGAUUGUUGGAUCUCAAAACGCUAGACCUCUCAUUCAACUUGCUCCGAUCCGUCCCUCACGGCCUCGAGCGGCACAGAUACCUACACACGAUCUAUUUUGUCCAAAAUAAGAUCAGCAAAAUUUCUGGUGUUUCUGGUCUAAGCGGCAGUUUGAGGAGUUUGGAACUGGGCGGGAACAGAAUUAGGACUAUCGAAGGGUUAGAGGGUCUUGGCCAACUGGAAGAACUCUGGUUAGGGAAGAACAAGAUCACCAGAUUGCAGGGCCUAGAGACAUUAAAGUCCCUCCGUGUCCUGUCGAUCCAAUCAAAUCGGAUCACGAAGCUCGAAGGACUAGAAGAGUUGACGAACCUGGAAGAGUUCUACAUCAGCCAUAACGGACUGAACAAGAUCGAAGGCCUAGGAAAGAAUCUCAAACUGCGCACGUUCGAUGUAAGCGGAAACGGCAUCACUACUGUGGAAAACUUGUCACAUCUGAGCGAGUUAGAAGAAUUCUGGGCAAGUGAUAAUCAAAUAGCGACACUGAAUGAUCUCGAACGGGAGCUGGGAGGGAUCAAAUCGCUCUCGACGAUUUACCUGGAGCGGAAUCCAUGCGAAAAGGAGGACCCGACGGGAUACAGGCGGAAGGUCAUGCUUGCACUUCCGCAGACUAUAGAUGUAGGAAGUGUAAUGUAUGAUAGUGUAAUGGAGGCUGUGCAAGACCAAUCUACUAGGGCGGUUGUGGCGCUUAAGACAACGACGACACGAGCGGACGAUGAGCGCAAGUCCUCGCACGAACAAGCCGAGAAAAGGCCCCGACGCGAGCGCUCCUGGACGAGGGUGGGGGUAUGGCGGGGUACGGGCUUCAAUAAUCCCCCAGGACGCCAGUUUGGGCCUAGCGCGGGAUUCCCGCCAUUAGGAGCGACACACGGACCUGCUCACCACUUUAUGCUCGCAACACUUGUGGGGACCGGGGUGGUCUUGACGACGCGCACGAACCAACGAUGGGAGGGAACACUGACUGGAGCGUCGAAUGAGGAUGGGACCCCGGGAGCAGUCCUGCGCAACGCAAAGGACCUCAAUGCCCCCGGAACUCCCGCGCAGGAGCACGUGUUUGUCCUCGCUGCUCAGAUUGCCGGCUGUGUGCCCCAGCAGCAGCAGCAGCAACAGCAACAGCAACAGUCCCAGCAGCCCUCACAGCCACAGUCAUUCGGCGGCAAUGUCGAUGAUCUCACGUUCGGACCGGGAAGCACCAGCUCGACCCCCUGGGACCAGUUCUCUGCCAACGAGAAGAUGUUUGGCGUCGAAAAGGAGCGCAAAGCGGAGAUUAUAGCCAAGGAGAUCAUGGCCGCGGCGAGUAACAACCCUCAUAUUGCCGAAGAACGCGGUGCAGUUGACGACAGCGGCUUGAAUGAAGAGGACAAAUACUCCUCGGUCAUUCGCGGCCAAAAUGCAUACAUCCCGCCUGGAGCACGUCGCGCUGCGGCGGCAGCGGCCAACGGAACUUCGACCCCUGUCAAGUCUCCAGACGCCAAGUCGCCUCCUCCGACCGUCUCUACGCCAGUAAACACGAACAACACGGGCCCAGCUCCCACCUCGACUACGACUACGGCGACAUCGCCUCCAGCCGAGGCAUCCAAGCCCGAGGUUCCCAAGGUCGCGGUCAAUGGUUCCGAAACCCCUGCCAAGCCGGGUGAAAACAAUCUCGUUGGCUCGUUCCGUGAGUUUGUGACCAACGAGAAGCAACGCCUCGCGCAAAAGAAGCAGGCCAUAGUCAAGUCUGAAAAGGAAAAGCGCAUGGCCGAGCUCGUCGCGUUUAGUCAAAGCUUCAAGCUCAACAAACCAAUUCCUAAAGACCUCGUGUCGAUCCUUACAAAAGACAGCGAGAAAGCUAAACAGAUUGUCGAAAAGUCGAGUGCGGACGCUGCAUCUGCCAAGGCGCGUCAGAUUGGCGGAGCGCAAGUCGCCUCGGGCCAAUUGCUCAAGAAACCGGCCGUGUCGGCGAACCCGAAUCCAAGUCCGAACCCGAGCGCGACAGGGGCAGGUAAGAUGCCCAAGAUGUACAUUCAGCCGAUCCCGCCGUUCAAUCCGAACAAGGGCAAGGGCACUCCCGCCGCCGCCGGUGCACAAUCUACCACUGGGGUCAAGAAGGAUGGUAAAGAGGGUUUGGGUUUGAAACCUGUCGUGAGCAACAAGGAGCGCGAGCCGAGCCCAACGAGUGCUGCUGCUGCCGCGCGCGAAGUUAAAUGCGAAUGCACCCAUGUUCAAGCCUGGCCAUGGAUCAUCUCCGUCGGCGGGAGGAGGGGCGACACCCUCGCCCAAACCCAAGGCGCCAGCCGAUGCGUAUUCAAAAAGUCUCAGAUGAUGCUCAAGGAAGAGUUCAAUCCUUUCAAGUUUGCCAAAGUUGCUGAAGCGUCAUCUGUUGCCGCAACAGCCCCCACUCAAACACCUCAGGCGGCUGCACCUCAACCGCCUCACCCGCCCCCACCGAUGCAACAGCAGCCUACUCCCCCUGUCCCAGGACCAUACGAAGAGGAGCACGCCAGGACUCCAUACAUGAUGUAUCCCUAUCAUAUCCAUACGCCUCCUAUGCAGCCGAUGAUACAAGUCGGUACUCCGGCUGGUCCUCCGGGAUACAUGCAACCCCCGUACAUGCCCCCAAUGCCUUACCCGCCUCACCAAAUGGCGCCUAAUCAACCCAUGUACGGAGGCCCAAUGCCUGGAAUGUCGCAUAUGUAUAUGCCUCCUGGGCCGUACCCACCUGGAGCCCAACCCCGCCCGCCCCCACAUGGAUAUUAUCACCAAAGUCCACAGCUUGGACACGCGGUGCCUUAUCCGAUGAUGAUGCAGGGCCCGCCGGGAGCUCCUACCCCACACCAAUAUGACCCCAAUGGACCGCAAAACGGACCGCCCGGGGGACCGUUGGGUGUCGGGCACUAG